AUGUCCUCGCUCCAGGACGCCGACGUCCCGCCAAUAGAAGAUGCCGAGGCCGGCGUCAUGGGCCUGACGCAAGUCGACCCCUCGCCUGUCGAAGAAACACCCAUCGAGUACCGCGAAAAGAGCUACUUCCCCGACCAAACGCAGGGCGAGAGUUGGGGGCCCGGCGCAAGUGGCGUGAAGAGGACGGGGACGCUGGGGCUGAAAUUGGGGGAUCAUGGGGUGGUUUGGUGGUUAACACGAACACAACGCUACUCGUCCUACGCCUUCACGGUCUUCACUUCCUUCCACAUCGCAAACGUCUCCCUCAUCCCGCUACUCACCCGCUCAGUGUCCGAAUCAAACCGCUACCUGCUCCUCACACGCCCGUACUACCAGUCCUUCCUCACCGAGCCGCUGCAUGGUUGGAAUCCCUCUCGUCGCACACGUCACGUCGGGAAUCGCACUGCGCCUGUAUCGCCGCCGCCAAGCCUUGCUGCGCUACGGCGCCUGAGACGAAGACGGACCGCAGGACGAUUCCCUGGGCCUGCGCUGAGCGGCACGAGUGCGUUGGGCUAUGCGCUCGUCCCGCUGGCGAGCUUUCAUGUGUGGACGACGAGGUUGCUGCCGCGGUAUGCGCAUGGCGAUUCAAGUUUGAUCAACCUGUCGUACAUAUCACACGGAUUCGCCAAACACCCCAUCAUCUCCUUCUCGGGAUUCACAGCGCUCGUCGGCAUCGGCGCAUGGCAUUUCGUCUGGGGCGCGGCGAAGUGGCUGGGUUUCGCGCCGUCACAAAUCUCGGCGCACGAGAGUCAGAAGUCGCUGGUUAGGAAGCGGAGGUGGUAUGGCAUCAACGCCAUCUCCGCCGUCGUCGCGGGGCUGUGGUUAGCAGGCAGUCUCGGGAUCGUGGGACGCGAUGGCCACGUGAUUGGGUGGAUUGGAAAAGAGUACGAUGACUUGUACAGCUACAUCCCCUUUCUCAGCACGAGCUGA